AUGAACGCCGUCAACCUCCUCCUCAUCCUCCCUCUAUUCUUCACAAUCACAUUACCACAUUCCGUCAACUCCGUUAAACAAAACUCCAGUAACGAAACAAUUCCUCAACACUUCUUCGAAGUCACACUCCCACUCCCCACCGACAACAUAACUCCGUCAUGCUCCGUCAACCUCCUCAACCACACCUUUACAAACACCACCAACAGUUCUUCCGUCACCGUUAACUACACCACACCACUUGACAAAUGCCACUGGUCCGUCGCCGUUUUAGAUUUCAAAGUUAAAUAUAACGGUGAGCAAGAUACAAGUAACGGCAUAGCCGGAGUCUGGAUUAACGGAGUUGAGCUCUUACGAACGACCACAGCUCAACCGUCUGAAAAUGGAAGCUUCUGGAAUAUUCGAAAGGAUGUGAGUAAAUAUUCUUCGAUUAUUACUCACCACAAUCUCACACUAUCCGUCGUGCUACAAAACCUUAUGAAACACGACGUUAACGGCGUUUACAACGUCAGUGUUUCUUUUCUUUUUUACUCAGACGUUAAGUUUCCGUUAUCUUUACAUUCAGGAGAAUCCGGAUCUCAUUCACUGAAUAGAAAACUGAUGUCUUUUGAGAAUGAUAUUAAAAAUUAUAUUAAAAAUUGUGAAAAUGAAGAUAAAUUAGGGUUUGAUCGAGUAAUAAAAUCGACAUAUCCCUACGAUACACCGGCGGAUCUCAUUAUUCCUCUAUCCGAAGCUUCUGAUGAUGGAUUUUGGUUUAAAAUUCACGAUGAAUCCGAAAUUCGAACGAAAAACGUUCGAAUUUGUCCGAAAACUUACAAAGCAGUGCUUGAAUUAUAUGUUUCAUUUCACGGAGACGAUGAAUUCUGGUACAUGAAUCCUCCAGAUUCAUAUAUAAAAUCAAACGAUUUACCGUUCACUAACGGUAAGGGAUCGUACCGUGAAGUUUUGGUGACGAUUGAUGGGAAAUUGGCGGGAACAGUGAUUCCGUUUCCGGUGAUAUAUUCAGGUGGAAUAAAUCCUCUGUUUUGGAAGCCGGUUGUGUCGAUUGGAGCUUUCGAUAUUCCUUCGUAUGAUAUCGAUUUGACUUCAUACCUAGGGCUUCUUUUGGACAACCGGAAUCAUUCGAUAGGGUUUCAGGUUGCUGAUGGUGGUUCAUUUUGGCUUGUGGAUGCUAAUAUGCAUUUGUGGAUUGAUGAUACGAAUGUGCAAGCGAUCGUGGAGUAUGAGCCUCCAUCGAUGGAGAUCGAACAUGAUUAUGAAUUCGAAGGUCUAGAUGGCACAUUUGAGACGGAAGUAGAGCGAAGUAUGUCUUCUAUUCGUAUGAUACAAUCGAGCAAAGGGAUAUUGAAAACAAAGGUGACCGAAGAAAUCAAGUUUAAAAACAAACUUAAAUUUAAAGACGACGGAACGAGAAAAGAACUCGAACAGAAGAUUAAAACGAAGACGAAAGUGAAAACGACAGACACCAAGGGUCAUUCAGUUGGAGAAAUUGUAAUUGAGAAAACGUAUCCUUUGAAGAUCACUAUAGCGAGUGGGUCUAGGGUAAACACGACGGUGGUUCAAGGGCGGAGUGUGAGUUUUUCGGAUGAAGUAGCUUCGAUAUCGAGGGUUUUGAAUCAUGAUCUGAAUUGUACUGGGUGGAUAAUGGCGAAGGGUAAUUCGGGUUUUGCUGAAAAUCAUCAGAGUUAUAGUUAUGAUGAUGGAGAGGGUGGAUGUUAUUCGCGAACCGUUGAUGUGGUGAAGGGAGAUGUUAUUGCGGAUGAAACAACAUCGAAUUGUGUCAAGUAG